CGGAAGUGCCGAUGGAAACACAAGUUACCGUACGUAUUCUAAUCUAACGGUUUUGAUUAACGUUUUGAAGGCGGCAAAUAACUGAUAAUUGUCGCACAACAUGUUUCCGUACAACUGUUAUCGAUGUCGUUUUGGGCGCAUGGGUCAAAAGCAGGGCGAACAGGAGAAGCUAUUAAUGUCCUAGCCUUUAAAAGUGGGAACAGAGGGAGAUUUACUGAUGCAACCCCAGUAGGUGGCGGUAUGCAUCUUUUAAGUUGGUUUGCAACCUGCCCAUGAAUCCAUAGAAGAAGACAACCGGUCAGACCUGCUGAUUGUUAUAAUGGCAGAGCUGUCAAACACCCAUCUGCAAAAAUCCACAAAGGAGAAACUUGAAAAAUUCAAGCAAAUGAGAGGUAGAGAAGUUCAGUCUGAUGAAUUCUGGGAUCUUGUGGUGAUUACUGCAGUGGAUGAGGACCAGAGGUCUGCUUAUGAAAUUCAAAUCACUGAGAAACUGGAGAGGAAAGAACUGCCUCUUGGCAUCAAUUAUCAUGUGUUUGCAGAUCCUCCAGGAUGCAAGAUUGGUAAUGGUGGAUCCACUUUACAUUCACUGCAGUGUUUACAUGAUAAAUAUGGCAAGUCACUGUCUGGAUUUAAAGUCAUCCUAAUUCAUGCAGGAGGAUUCAGUCAGCGAUUGCCCAAUGCCAGUGCCCUGGGUAAAAUAUUCACGGCUGUGCCACUGGGAAGCCCUUUAUAUCAAAUGCUGGAGCUCAAACUUGCAAUGUAUGUGGAUUUUCCCUCACACAUGAAGCCGGGAAUGCUGGUUACCUGUGCUGAUGAUAUAGAGCUCUACAGUAUUCCCGACCAAGAAAAUGUGGUGUUUGAUAAGUCAGGUUUUACUGCCUUAGCACAUCCCUCCCCUCUCGUUAUUGGUACCACUCAUGGAGUUUUUGUUCUAGAGCCAGCAGAGACACCCAGAAUUUGUGACAUGGAUUACAGAACUUGCUCUCAAUUUCUACACAAACCAAGCAUCGAAAAGAUGUUUGAAUGCAACGCGGUAUGCAAGAGGGAAGGAGAGGAGUUUGUUUACACUGACAGCACUUACUAUUUCGAUUACGGGACUGCUAUGACCCUGCUGACCUUGUUCAGUGAAAUCAGCCCUCUGACAUGUGAAAUCGACGCUUAUGGAGACUUUCUUCAAGCCCUGGGGCGAAGAGCUACUGUGGAUUACACGGAAAACACAGCCAACGUCACAAAGAAGGAAAAUAGUCUCGUUGAGAUUCGCAGAAUGAUUUUCCAUCGUCUCAAAGGCACGGCACUCAACGUCAUCCUGUUGAACAACUCCAAGUUUUAUCAUGUCGGCACCACAGAGGAAUACUUGUUCCACUUCACCGCUGACCCCUGUCUCAGAGCAGAACUCGGCCUGCUCUCUGCUGCCUUCAGUGUGUGCCACUUGGAGCCAUCGGAGAAAACUAGAGCUUGCGUGAUGCACAGCAUCUUGCAUCCCAGUGUGACCGUAACCCAGGGCAGUGUCGUGGAAUACUCCAGAUUGGAUGUUGGAGUUAAAGUUGGAACUAGAUCUAUCAUUAGCGGCUGCUGGAUUGGCACAGAUCUAACGGUGCCAAGUGACACCUUCAUGCACUCUUUGUCUGUGAACCUGGAUGGAAAAACAGGUUUUGUGACUGUGGCUUUUGGUGUUAAAGAUGAUCUAAAGAAAAGCGUAUCCAGUCCUGCUCAUAUGAAAGCAUUGAGCUUGUUUAAGGUUAAUCUGGAGGACUGCGUUGGACUCUGGGGUUUGUUUUCCGAGAAGGUCAGGUUCUCAGGAGACGCGUCCAUGUGUAGUUUGUGGAAUGCCUGCAUUUUCCCAGUGUGCUCUAAUCUAAAGGAUUCAUUUGUGAUGUCACUGGGGAUGUUGAAUGCACUGGAUAGUGGAACCAAAUUCACUCUACCAAAAAAUGCCACACUGACCUCUUUACAGGAAACUCUGCAGAGCAAGAACCUGGAGGAAAUGCUGAAAUUUAGGAAAGAACUUUAUGAAGACAUUCUCAGGGUGAAUUUAAGUAAUUCUGUCUGAGCAUGUGUGUGUAAAUGAUCUGUAAUUAUAUUACAUAUACAGCACAACAUAUGCAAAGCGCAGCAAGUAUCCAGAUUUUUUUAUCAUAACUCAGUUUUGACAAAAGGUUACUGCAUUUUGCCUUGUACACUGUGAAAACAAGUUGAUUCAACUUAAAAUCAUUUGUAACCUGCCUAUUAUUAGGUAAGCAAAGAAACUUCAGUUGUUUGCACAGUAUACUAGUUUUUCUGGGUUUCUCAGGGAACAUCAAAUCUAAUUUAAUGUUUUUUAAAUGCUUUUUAAAUGCUGAAUUUUCAGCAUCAUUACUUCAGUCUUCAGUGUCACAUGAUCCUUCAGAAAUCAUUCCGAUGUGUCGAUUUGCUGCUCAAGAAACAUUUCUGAUAAUUAUCAGUGUUGAAAACAGUUUGGCUGGCAAAUAUUUUUGUGAAAACCAUGAUAAAUUUUAUUUUUCAGGAUUCUCAGAUGAAUAGAAAGUUCAGAAGAACAGCAUUUAUUUUAAAGAAAAUCUUUUUUUAUUAUUAUAAAUGCCUUUACUGUCACUUUUCAUCAGUUUAAUGUGUUCUUGUUGUUUUUUAAUUAAUGGUAUUUUUGAAUGCUAACAUAUAAUGGUUUCCACAAAAUAUUCUGCAGCACAACUGUUAAUAAUGAUAAUCAUAAAGAACAAUAAACAACACUGAUAAUAAUCAGAAAUGUUUCUUAAGCAGCAAAUCAGCAUAUUAGAAUGAUUUCACUGAAGACUAGAAAAUUCAGCUUUGAAUCACAGGAAUAAAUUCUAUUUUAAAAUACAAUAUAUUCGCAUUAACAGUUAUUUUAAAUUGAAAUAUUUUGUAAUGUUACUGUUUUUACUGUAUUUUUUGUUCAAAUAAAUGCAGUUUUGGUGAG